GAUAAAAUUGUAAUUUAGUUAAAUUAGGGAAAAGGGUCUUAGGUAUAUUAUUUCUCACUACCAAUAUCAAGAAAUACGCUAUCGCUCUCUUUCUCUUCGACUAAAAACCCUAGCCCCUCAAAUUCCGUCUCUUUGACCUCGUUGGUAUCGUGUUACGUGAGACAAUGAUUUACGACGUGAACUCACAUCUGUUCCGAUCCUUCCUCAGCCAAAAGGGAGGCCCUUCCGAUAAGAGGAAAAUGGAAGAGAAACCAAAGGAGCAGAGAUUUAAAGCUAAUGAGAACAAGCCUGUGAUGACAGAGUGAUAGCAACUCAGAAUGUCAGUUCUUUUACAAUGAGAUAGUGUGGCACACGAGAUGUUAUUAAUUUGGCAAAACACUUGUCUAAAAUGAAGUUUGAUACUUAAUAUUGUUUGAGCUGGCUUUGGUUUGGUUAUGUUUCAUUAUGCUUGUUACAACUCUAAAGUAGUUUUGGCGUCUAAACUUGAAUUUCUGAAAACAUCAAUAGGAUUUCAAAGAUUAAGGGCC